CAUUACGUAAACGGGAGUUUUCCCGGACCUCUUUGGAGAAGAAACGCGGGGUGGCGGGACAGGCAGGGGGACACCAGGACUCCGCUGGGUCGCAGGCGGUUGACUAGUAGAGCCCGCGCUCCGCACCUGGCCCUGAUUGGUCUGCUGCGGCCCGACAGGCUUCCCUGAUUGGCUGCUGCGCUCCAGCUGCGCUCGCUGGUUGGCCACUCGGCGGUUGCCCAGGCGACGAGAGUUGUUGUGGUUCCGCGCCGCGCUGGGAGUUCGGGAUUGGUCCCCGCGCCCGCGGGGGUGCAGACUUUGGCCUCAGGCGCAGCGGAAGGCACCCACGGAGACCUUCCUCGGCGAGCCGGUGGAGGCAGACCGACGACGGACAGAGCAGGGGCGCCGACGCGGUCCCUGCAGCUCAGCCCCGGCGCGCUUCCCCGCUUCCCCGGCUCGCUGUGAACCCGGCCCAGCGCGUCUCUGGCAUGAGGAACCCGAGCAAGGAGCUGCAGGGCGCCGCCAGCCGCCAUGCUCCGUGCGACUGGUACUACCACCUUCCCGUGCGGCGGUCUGAGAAGGCUGUGGACGCCCCUCCUGUGUCCCAGAUUCCCGGCCUCAGUGCGUUUCGGGACCCGCCCGGCGGGCGCACGCUGGGCUCGCGGAGGUACUGGGUCAAGGAGACCGACUCCGAGUACGUGAAGCUGGCCAAGCAAGGCGGCCACCCCGACCUGCUGAUGCACUUGGCGCCGGGGAUGGCGUCCGGCAGCGGCACCAGGAAGGGCUCCCCGGCGGCCUACUCCUUGCCAGACUGGUACAUCCACCACAGCAAGCCGCCCACGGCCGGCCAGAGGCAGGGGCUAGCUGCCUGUGUGCCCAAUUGCGUGGUCCGCGAAGAGUCUAACCCCCGUCUGGCCGCCAGCAGCUACGAAUCCAGGAGGGGGCCGUUCGACUUCGACGUGAAGACCGUCUGGCAGCGGGAGGCGGAGGAGCUGGAAACGAAGAAGAAAAAGGUGAGGCUCCCAGCCAUUAACUCCAAGAACCCCAGCAAAGCAGGGACCCCGCUGGGCCCCAAAGACCUGGCGAGAAGUAGACUCUCCUUCCCUCCCAUGCCGGGGCAAAAACUCAGUUCACCCACAAACUUUUCCAAACUCAUCAGCAAUGGGUAUAAGGACGAGUGGUUACAGCAGCGAGCCGAGGCGGACAGGAGCCCCCCGCAGACGUCCAGCGCGUCCCCGGCGGCUCAGCCCUCGAGGGACCUCGAGGGGCAGGACUCGGAGCAGCUCCCGGACCCGGAGCUUCCGGAAGCCUCUGUGGAGGCUGCAGGUGCCGCGGCCUCUCCGCCCACGUCGACGCCGGCCGAGCUCCAGUGACCCAGACGCAGCCGCCCGUGGGGCCCCGUGCCCACGGCUGACGGCGGCCUGACGGCGCCGCCGCGGCU